UCGAUAUCGACAAUCAGCUUAUUACCUUCGACAACAAACAAUAACUCUUCUCCACCCAAAUCCAACGACCCGAUAACACCCCUAACAACUCGCCAACGAUUCGAACAACCCGACCUGAUCAUUCUCACACGCGUAUCAUGCGAUAGUACAAUGAAGAAGAACUGUGAAGCUUCAAGAAAACAGCUUAGGUGUCACCUGCAACUGAUCAAAUCCGCAAAUCUCGAGAUAAUGGUACGAUUUUCAUACAUGUUUGGUGAAAUUCGAUUGGAAGGUGAAAGAAUUCUCAUCUCCUCAUUCCUAUUGGCUGCUUGUUUCGAAUUUGGGGAGCGGGGAGAAAUCCAAGAUCGGUACAUUUACUGAUGAAAUCCAAGUUGUAGAAGGAUUCCAAUUUGAAUUUCAAAAUUUCUCCUUUUUUUAAGUCCCUAAUCUACCCCUAAUUCGUCUUCUAUAUAAAGACCCCUUGGGUCACAGUUUUAGAGGAUUUUUUUGGCUCCUCUUCUUUCCCUUCUGAGUUCGAAAUUUUAGAGGCAUUAGGGGAUUUUUUUUUUGGGUUUGAAACUUUGGGUGUUGGAAAAUUGAUUGAAAGAUUUUGGUUAAAAAUUUAGGGUUAGAGAGAAUCUUCAAAAUCAGAAAUACACACAAAAUGGGGUUAGAAAGGGGGCUCUCAAAGGGGAAAAACACUCUGUACGCCUAAGAAACAUACAUAUUUAGGAGGUGCGUCUGAACUGUCGAAGCAGCUGUGAGUUUUUUGGUGGUCGGAAUCCUAUCGUCAGCUCGUUAUCCCAUUUUGCUGCCCCGAAAGAGGAUAUGGCUCAACUACAUUCCCAUGAAAAGUUUAAGAUGGUUACUAAAUCUGACAAUUUCUUGAAACUAUGGUGGGACCAGAUGAAUGCAGAAGAGAGAAAGAUUGUUAGAAAACACAUUGGGUAUCUCCCUUCUUUGAUCGAGAUGGACGUUUGGCCCGAAAUGAUCCAUGUACUAACAACUUUUUGGUAUGAUCAGAAUAUGGUAUUUCGCUCCGAGGAUUUUGAAUUGAAUCCUACCAUUGAAGAGGUAUUGAUUUGUUACGAGAGUACGGAAAUGUGUUUUAAGAGAAGGGAGACACCUGAUAAGAAUAUUUUAGUCCCGGUUGUGUGGGAUCGUCAAAAGAUCAAGGAGGUAUUUUUAACUGAUGACAACAUCUGGCUAGGAGAACGUGAUGGAGCAAAUAUCACUUUUCGUGAGUUGUAUCGUCGGUUCGGAAGAUUCAAUGAUUUUCACAAAUUUGGACGUAAAUUUGAGUCAGAAGCAAAAUGGAAGGAGACGAGAGCCUUUGCAUUUUCGGUAGGCCUACUUGGAACCAUGGUGUUCCCACAGGGAAAAAAUGGCACAAUUCAUCCGAGGGUUGUCUCAGUGACCCAUGCACUCUUCUUUGGAAUGGAGUACAAUUCUAAAAAGGUAUUCCACAACUUAGCUCCCAUGAUUGUCGCCGACAUAUAUCGAGUUUUGGGAAGAUGUCAAGUAGAGAAUCAUUUCUUUCAAGGCUGCAACCUUAUAUUACAAUGGUGGAUGAUGAUGCAUUUGGUGAAAAAUCCUAGAACGGCACAACCUGAUCACAAAACAAGGAGGAAUCUACUAGAAUCGCACGACAUGUGGUUGUUCUUACACAAGUUCAAAAGGGAAGCAUCUCAUGAAUUUUAGUUUAAGACUCUUGGAGAAUUAAGAGAUGAUGAUGUCCAAUGGCCCAUUAAUUAUCUUCUUUUAGGGAAAUACAUUAUUCGAGGGGGCGAGUGGCCUUUUCUAGUGCUUCUGGGUAUCAGGGGAACCCGUCCCUACAAUCCUGGCAGAGUUCUUAGGCAAUUCAAGAUCAAGAAGGAGAUGCCUCAAAUCGAUUCUAUGCUUAGAUUCUUUACCAAAUAUGAUGAAAGUGAGCCCCUGCUCAGAGACUACAUGAUAAAUGGAUAGAGAAUAAGAAAGUGGACGGAAGUCUCUUUCCGUAUAGGGUAUGAACUUGAAUUCAGCGACACUUACAAGGAGUGGUUAAAAAAGUGCCUCGCCGAAGCAUUGAUUCCGGGGCUGAACGUGCCCACUCGGGUCGUGGAUGUUGAAUCCGAGCAUCAGAUCCGACUCCACAACUUCAGGAUGAGUUUAAAAUAUGUAAAAUCGUGCACCGACAGAUGCAUGUAGAAGAUUCUUUAACAAUACGUAUGUUUAGGGAAGAGUUGAAAAGAGCUAGGAAAGAGGCUGAUGAUGCUAGGCAGUGUUUAAUCGAUUUGGAUGAUAGCAUGGCCUCUCAACUCGAUAGUAUAGGAAAAAUAACUUACGACAGCAAGGCACAGUUAUGUGGGAGUCAUCUGAUCAUCAAUAGGUAUCAAAUAGCACAGAAGGUGAACAAGGCAAAGAAGGCAAAGGCAGACGAAGGAGCCUCCGAUAGCUAGUUUUUCUAUUUCCCCUGCGUGGGAACUUAUUUUCUUUCAUGUUAUUUCCCUUUUUCCCUAAAUAUUGUAUCCCUCUUUUGUUAUCUUUUGU